CUUAUCGAUUUCCCAUUCUUAACUAUUCCUUUAUGAGGAUACUGCUAAAUACGAUAUAUGCAGGUAGAGCGUAUAAUCUAGUGUGAUCAGCCUUACACAGCUGAAACCGAGAGUAACUGCGAGUCACGUCAAGCGGGUUUAAAGUAGCGCGGCACGAACAGACAUGAAGCACGCCAAGUAUUGAGGAACGCACAAGCUGAAAAGCGCUGAAAAGGCCGCGUCGUAUCGUGUGUUUUCGACAUUAUCUUCUAGUAAGUGGUUUAUGUGAUAUUAACUGCAAUGCAUUUUACCGGACUGAUCGCAUAAAUCGUGCGAGGCGUUCAGACUGCCAAAAACCGAAGGAUAAUAUCAUUGCAUUAAGUAUAUAAGAUUUUAUCGACAAGAUGGUGAAGCUAUUGAAGAAGUUUCUGGCGGGCGAUAAAGUGUUUGCGAAAGUUCGAGGUUACCCGCCAUGGCCAGCCAAAGUUGAAGGAGUUAUCGAUGCUAAUACAAAGAAUGCAAAGUACAGUGUUUAUUUUUAUGGCACUGGUGAAACAGCUGUAUGUAAGGUCGAAGAGUUAUUUGUAUAUGCUGAGAAUAAGGCAAAAUUUGGUAAGCCUCUUAGGAGAAAAUUUUUCCAUGAAGGAUUACAACAAUUGGAGCAAGAACUAAGGAGCGAUAGAAAUAGAUCUGGAAUCAGUAAUCUGGAUGAACCUACAAUUGGUGAAGAUGCAGCUGGUAGAGGAAGUAAUAGUACAACUGAAUCAGCAGCAGUAACCACUGCUGAUAGUGACAUGGAAAGCGGACCAUUAGUAAUUGAUGAGAGUGAUAAAAAGAAAACCAUGAAACGAAAAUCUCAUCUUGCUGUAUCUAACAACCAGGAUACUCCCGAAAUUAAGAAAAAACGAGGCCGAGGAAAGGCUUUGUCCGGCUCCAUGUCGGAGAGCACUCCAAAGCAGGAUUCAGCCCUAGAUUCCCAGGGUGAAGAAUCACCUGGUAAGGAAGUCGUCAGUCGCAGUGGACGCAAAAUUAAACCGAAACGUUUCGCUGAUUUUUCGAGUUCAGAAGAAACUGAGACCAUGGACAAGAAUGAGAAUUCUGGAAGUACGAAGGGACGUGGUAAAGGCAAGGCCGACGAUUCAUCCGACAACCAGGCUUCUCCAUCCGGGGGCUAUAAAAAGAGAAUUUCAUUGGAAAAAAAGACCAGUAUGGAGGGAGCAGGGAUAGAUGGCCUCAUUGUAUCUAGCAACACGUCUUCGGACUCGGACGGUCGUUGCCUCCUGGCCCGCACAUUCGCCGGGGAGUACGUUGGAAUUAAACUCGACGUUAAUAGACCCAAGACCUUCGAAAGCGAGAAGGCGCGUACGCAGUGGGACUGGACAACGGCCAGAAACGCGAUGAAAUUGAAAUCUCAGCUCGAGAGCGGAGAAAUAUUACCGGAACAAGUGAAGGACUCCUUGGACUUUAAUGUGCACGUUCCUGAAGAAGAGAAGAGACUCCUGGCCAAGGACGGAGCAGUUUAUCGCAGAAACUACAAGCUCAGAUGGCUUCGUAUAGAGUCUCAUCUCUUACAGCUUGAUGCUCAGAUUAAAUCGAAUUUGGGUUUGGAUCGCGCGAACGCGGACAAAUGCUUGCAAGCGAUGGACGAGAUGCUUGCUCUUUCCAUCGAUCCACUCAUGCUUAAGAAACAUCCCCAUAUCGUCGAGACCGUUAAAAGGUUGCGAAGAUACAUUGGCAAUUUAGCAGACUGGAAGCUAAGCGAGGAAGAAGUGGUUAUCUUCAAACAAAAGGCUGAGGUGAUCAGACAGAAAGCUGAGCAUAUAUAUAAUAAGUUUAAGGCUAUGUUCACCAUACCCGAGGGCCAAUCAUUUUGGCAAUCCUUUUCCGAUCAGGUUGUCCAUUUCAAGGAAUUGACAAAGGAUAUGCCUGAAGAAAAAAUGUUUUCUCUUAUGGCUGAUCCCGCCUGUCCAGUUCUUUCUAUUACAGACUCAGCCAUCACGAUGGAUUCACUAGGAGAUGAAAGUAGCGCUCAGGCCGAAACUGGUGCGUCCGGUGAAUUAGAAGCGGACGUCGAACCAGCUAGAUCCGCCACACCGACAGACCCGGGAACUAAGUAACAUUUAUCACUUGCCGAUAUCGAAUACUCGAGCACCAGUUCAUCUGUCUUGACACUGUCGUAACACUACACCGAGAUAAAGACUUGAAGUGCGAGCGCAUGUAAUUAUUGCAAUUACACCGAGUGACGCCGUGGCAUUCAUUCAAUGGAUACAAGUGCGGAACUCGGGGCGUAUAAGAGACCCCUUUACGGACUGACCUUUGCUCUCGUUUUUCGGUCAGAUUAGCCCGCAGCACCAGAUCACCGUAAUAGAAAAUUGCCAAUCCAUCGGCGUAUUCGAUAGUUAAUAAAUUCGAUCGACCUCCCAAGAUCCGAUGCCCAAUCUGGAAGUACCGGUGCACGGUACUUCCUUCCUUGUGCUGUCCAUGGGAGAGAGAAUUGUAAUUUAUCGUUUCUCUUUAAAAUCGACCAAAAAAGAGUAAUAGAAUUAAACCGGAAGGUCUUUACACAAAUAGGAAGACACCCUGGCAGUCCGCAGUACCAGAAAACACACACCCGCACACGCUUCACGUUAGUCUAGAGACGGAAAUGUUUUUCUUGUUUAAGCAAUAAAUAAUCUAUCGAGUAUUCCCAUCGGAUUGGUUAUAUUGAAACGAAACUUGUCGGAAGGAAUUCUGUAAAUAGGGAUAUGCAUUGGGAAAGUCACGUACAUACAUAGGGCUUAUGUAAUUUGGUGGAGAAUUUCCCGGAUGGAGACACUUUCCGACGUGUCCACUGCGUAUCGUCUCCGCACCAAAGUGUUUCCUUGACAUUCACAUGUCGUUACGUAGUUGAUGUUUCUCCCGACUCGAAGUCCGGUUUCAUACAAUUUUUAAAUUUUCUUUGUUGGUGUGCUUUACGGGCGAUUGGAAUAUUUUUAUUCAUUUCCUUGUUGCGUCGGCCAAUCGAUAUCUUCCUAUGGUCACGUGUCUUGAGAAGUUUUGGUAAAUGAUAAUGCAAAACAAUUUCUUAACGAUACUACAAAAUUCGCUUUUGAAAAAAGACUUCAAUACGUGGCCUAGAUGCUUUAGAAAUUAGGUGAUAAAAAAAAAAUCACGUAUAGUUAUUAACAAGCGUUGGUAUUUCACACUAAGAGAAUUUUUUUCUAUAAAUAAUAUCAUGUAAAUAUUGUAUUGUACACUUAAAAAACUCGAAUUUUUAAGGGUUUAACGCAAAAAAGUGUACGAAUAUUAUUUUUGCCAUUGAUGAAACACAAAAACGUAAGUUUCAUUCUUUUGAGCAUCGAUUUCUCGACAGAAAAGAUCCAUUUCUUUAAAUGACUACUUAGUCGUAUUUUUUUUCUUCAUUUAAAUUUUUUAUUUCCCGUAAUAGAAACGCACUUCCAUCAUUACCAUGCGUAAUUUAAUAAGGACUUCAUCCAUAGGUGCUAUGUGGAUAUAACGUUUCAUAUCGAAUUUUAAGUUAAUCCAUCAUUAUGAGAGCGUCCUAGAUUAUUGUUACAUAAAUAUGGUAUGCAAUUAAAAUGAAAACUCAUUUAAGUAAGAUGAACAGACGCUAGUUACAAUGAAUAAUUUUUUAAUUAAAUAAUUCGAGUGGACAUCACAAGGCCGGCUUUGUUUGCCCUCGAUUGUCGACUAAAGUUGUGGAUCAGAUGUAACAAUAAGACGAACACGAAAUAUAUAUGAUCUGCCCAUUUGUAAAACAAUCAUGGAUCGGUGAUCGGAUGGAGAGUCAGUCGAAUACACAAGGAUUUAGUAUUCAAAGUCAUGACGUAGAAUGAUUUCGUCCAGUCUUGUGAAAAUGCAUUGAUCUUUGGCUCGAGAUGAAAAGAAAAAGUACAAAAAGCUUUGCCACGAUUUGCCUUAUGUGAAAGAGUAACCGGGCUCUUAUAAGAGUAAGUGUAAAAUUCGACAAUUUGUGGCGCAUAUUUAAAAUGCGACGUUACCCGUAAUCGGGGACAAUAUCUGACAUAUUCAUUCAUAUUGUACGGCACAAACAAGUCUAGAAGUCUAAUAUAACUUCGCGAAUUCGGAACCCACAUUACGAUUGUAAUAGGCAUUGGCUCAAGAACUUUAGAUGUUUACCAUUCCAUUGAAAUAACGUACUUCUUCAAGGCUAUUUACAAGGCAUUCAAUUUUAGGUAAAUCAAAUGUCAUUAUUUGCAAGACUUUGUCAAUUGAAUCAGAAGAAUAUCAUAUUCAUAAAUUUCAAAAAAUGUUCCUGUCGCCCUUAAAGUAUCUCAGAAAGGCAGUAUCUAGCGAUGUCCGAUUUUCACGAGUGCUGCUAGAUUAUUUACCCUUUUCAUACGAUUUCAAAUAGAUAAUUAAACAGAAUUUUCAUAUUGUAGGUUUAGUGAAGCUUUCCAUUUGAGGUAAAGCCAAUUAUAGCAUUUUACAUUGAGUUUUGAGUAAGACAUAGAAUAUUCGAAAGAAAAGAAAAAAAUGUUGAUUUCAAAUGUAUCACAAAUAUUUUGAAUAAAAAAUGUUGCAAGCUACA